AUGACGGGACGGGCCGAGACACGAACCCCUGAACCGCCCGACCGCGAGGAACACGAAAAUUCACCACCGCGAUUACCGAGACCGAAGCGAUCAGCCGGACCGCCUAAAAACUAUGCCCAGGAACAAGAACUCGCUACCGAGCAGAGUAGCGCGCGAUUGCAACGGAAAAAGAAAAUCCAGGGCAAGCCAGUCGCCCAACGUGAAGCGGGGGCCUGGGAGUCUUCCGCGGAGAGCGAGGACCCGAACGCCUCGGAACUGCUAAAGGAACUCGUCAAACUCAGAAAGGAGAUCAGAAGACGAGACGAGUUACACAGGGAAGAGCUCCGAAAGGCCAAAGAAGAAUUACAGAGAACCAAGGAAGAAUUUAGCGCCGCCCUUGCUGAGGUUCAACACGAGUUACAGACUCUGGCAGAGAGACCCCUUCCAACGCAACCCCCCUCCGAGCCAUGCGCGCACAACGGCCACGAUGAGAUCCUCCGUGAAAUUCAAUCCCUGCGCGAGGAAAUCAGCACCCCCGCUCCCAUAAGCUCCCCGUCAUAUGCAGAUGUCGCGCGCACACCUCCCAGCAGCUACCCAAGCAACAUACGAACCCUUUCAACGUUGAACACGACUCCGACCACCUACACCGACACGCUAUAUUGUACAAUAGAUACUUCGAAGAUACUCGAAAACGAAAACCAGAAGAUAUCUGCGGGCUCGAUCAGGGCCGCAAUCGAGACCGAGAUCCGAGCAAUGGAUGGUCACACUCUCUGGCGCUGUCGCGCGGUGACAGUGAGUCCACGAAACAACAACCGGAUCAGAAUCGCGUGCCGCGACGAAGCCGAGCAUCAGCUGGUCAAGAAAGUGGCGGAAGCAAAGAUCGGGGCCGGUGCCCGGGUGCUUCGCGACGAUCUCUACCCGAUCAAGGUCGAUAGUGUAAGGAGGACGGCAGUGUUGGAUGAAAACCAUGACGUCCUGUCAGGAGCGGCAGCGGCCCUGAGCGAGGAGAACGACACAAAUGUUGCCAAAAUCAUGUGGCUGAGCAGCAAGGAGGCCGCAAAGCCCUACGGAUCGAUGGUCGUGUACUUAACCAGGGGGAGUGACGCACGGAGGCUCCUGGCCGAUGGCUAUUUCCACGUUGGAGGAGAAUCCGGGACGACCAGAGUUUUUGAAUAUCGGCCACGACCAGUGCAGUGCUACAAUUGCCAGGAGAUUGGCCACAAGGCAUUCCAGUUGACUGCGACCAAACGAUUCCAAAGUGCGUCCCAUGUGGAGGCCCUCAUGAAUCGUACAGCAAGAACUGCCGGAAGCUCUAUCCAUCACGCCAUGAAUAAUUCUCUUCGAAUAAUUCAGCUGAAUGUGAGGAAGCAGGGUGCGGUGCUUGAGAGUUUAAUGAACGACGAAGACACUCGGAACGCGGUGGCACUAGCGAUUCAGGAACCCCAAGCGAGGAGGAUUCAAGGCCGGCUCUUGACCACCCCGAUGGGUCAUCACAAGUGGACAAAGAUGGUACCCUCCACCUGGAGGGAAGGGAGGUGGGCGAUCCGGAGCAUGCUCUGGGUCAACAAAGAAGUGGAUGCGGAGCAAGUCCCUGUGGAGUCUCCGGACAUCACAGCAGCGAUGGUCAGGCUCCCCGAGCGACUGGUCUUUAUGGCAUCAGUCUACGUAGAAGGAGGAAAUGCCUCAGCUUUGGACGAUGCGUGCAGUCGUUUACGCGACGCGAUCACAAAGGUACGACGGGACACAGGUGCGGUGGUGAAUGUCUUGAUUGUGGGUGACUUCAACCGACACGACCAGCUGUGGGGUGGAGACGAAGUGUCGCUGGGAAGACAAGGAGAAGCGGAUCCGAUCAUCGACCUUAUGAAUGAAUUCGCACUCAGUAGCUUGCUCAAACGCGGCACCAAGACAUGGCACGGCGGGGGACAAAGCGGAGACUGCGAGUCUACCAUCGAUCUCGUGUUAGCUUCAGAGAAUCUGGCGGAAUCCAUAACAAAAUGCGCUUUACUCGAGACAGACCACGGCUCGGAUCACUGCGCCAUUGAGUCCGUGUUCGACGCCCAGUGGUUGGGUCCAAAGCACCAAGAGCGACGUCUGCUGAAGAAUGCACCAUGGAAGGAGAUUAAUGCCAGGAUCCAAAGCGCUCUAGCCAUUCUUCCAUCAGAGGGCACGGUGCAGCAGAAAACAGAUCGACUCAUGGCCGCGGUGUCGGAAGCGGUGCACGCUCUAACGCCGAGGGCGAAACCAUCACCCUAUGCGAAGCGAUGGUGGACAACUGACCUCACUCAACUCCGUCAUAUAUACACGUACUGGAGAAACCGCGCUCGCUCCGAGCGACGGGCGGGUCGAAAAGUACCUCGGCUGGAAAGCAUGGCCCAGGAUGCGGCCAAACAAUACCACGAUGCCAUCCGCAAACAAAAGAAGAAGCACUGGAACGAGUUUCUCGCAGACAACGACAACAUCUGGAAAGCCGCCAAGUACCUCAAGUCGGGGGACGAUGCCGCGUUCGGGAAGAUCCCGCAGCUCACAAGAGCAGAUGGGACCACUACCAACGACCACAGGGAGCAAGCGGAGGAACUACUAUCCAAAUUCUUCCCGCCUUUGCCAAACAUCAUCGAAGAGGAAGGGGUGCGACCACAAAGAGCGCCGGUAGACAUCCCUGCCAUUACCCUGGAGGAGAUCGAGCGGCAACUGUCAGCGGCCAAGUCGUGGAAGGCACCUGGUGAAGACGGCCUACCGGCGAUCGUUUGGAAGAUGACGUGGCCCAUAGUCAAGCACAGGGUCCUCGACCUCUUCCAAGCCUCGCUGCAAGAGGGCACACUGCCUAGACAGUGGAGACACGCGAAGAUCAUACCGCUCAAGAAGCCAAAUAAAGACGACUACACCAUUGCAAAGGCAUGGAGGCCGAUUUCACUCCUUGCGACACUCGGAAAGAUACUCGAAUCGGUGGUCGCAGAGAGGAUCUCGCACGCGGUGGAGACGCAUGGACUGCUCCCGACGAGUCAUUUCGGGGCCCGGAAACAGCGGUCUGCAGAGCAAGCACUGGUGUUUCUGCAGGAACAGAUCUAUGCGGCGUGGCGCGGCCGACGAGUGCUGAGUUUGAUUAGCUUCGACGUCAAGGGUGCCUACAACGGAGUAUGCAAGGAACGACUGAUCCAGCGAAUGCAAGCCCGAGGCAUACCAGAGGUGUUGCUCCGUUGGGUUGAGGCAUUCUGCUCGGAACGAACGGCAAACAUUCAGAUCAACGGACAAUUGUCGGAGGCCCAAAGCCUGCCACAGGCGGGACUGCCGCAGGGCUCGCCCCUGUCUCCGAUUCUCUUUCUCUUCUUCAACGCCGACCUCGUGCAACGACAAAUCGACAGCCAGGGCGGAGCAGUCGCUUUCGUGGAUGAUUAUACCGCGUGGGUGACUGGACCAACUGCACACAGUAAUCGGGAAGGAAUCGAGACGAUUAUCAACGAGGCACUUGACUGGGAGAGGAGGAGCGGAGCGACAUUUGAGGCUGACAAGACAGCUAUCAUACACUUUGCUCCUAAGAUGCGUAAAUUCGACCAUUCGCCAUUCACCAUUAAGGGACAGACGGUGGUGCCCAAAGACCACGUCAAGAUCCUGGGUGUCUUGAUGGACACGAGACUCAAGUACAAGGAACAUAUCGCGAGGGCAGCGUCCAAGGGGCUUGAAGCAGCGAUGGAGCUCCGGCGACUCCGGGGUCUAAUCCCAGCAACCGCGCGGCAGCUGUUCACGUCGACGGUGGCACCGGUCGUGGACUACGCCUCCAACGUCUGGAUGCACGCGUGCAAGGAUAAAGCCAUGGGGCCGAUCAAUCGAGUCCAAAGAGUCGGCGCGCAGGCCAUUGUGGGGACAUUUCUCACGGUCGCGACCAGUGUCGCAGAGGCAGAGGCUCACAUAGCUCCCGCACAGCGUCGAUUCUGGAAACGGGCCGUGAAAAUGUGGACAGAUACUCACACCUUGCCGGAAACCAAUCCUCUCCGCCGGUGUACAGGUCAAAUCAGAAAGUUCAGACGAUAUCACCGCUCGCCGCUUUAUCAAGUAGCCGACACGCUGAGGAAUAUCGAUAUGGAAACGCUGGAAACCAUCCACGCGUUCACCUUGGCACCGUGGGACGCACGCGUGCGCACAGACGUCGCGGCAGUGCCGCACUCACUGGACGAAUCGGGCGGGUCUAUGCAGAUCGCAAUCAGCGGCUCGGCGCGGAACGGGCUAGUAGGGUUUGGGAUCGCGAUCGAGAAGCAGCCUCCUCGGUACCGAAAACCGAGACUGAAAGCCCUUUCCAUCACACUGGGUGUACGAUCAGAGCAAAACCCAUUCUCUGCGGAGCUCGCCGGAAUGACACACGCACUGAAAAUGCAAGUGGCACUGAAGAAUUACAGGAUUACGCUACUCACGAGCAACAAAGCGGCGACUCUCACAGUCAGGAACCCUCGACAACAGUCGGGCCAGGACUUUGUGGCUCAAUUGUACAAGUCGAUGGAAAGAAUGCGAAGGAACGGCAACCGGAUCGACAUCGUUUGGGUCGCCGUAAGCGAGAAUAACAGAUUGUUGGGCCUGGCUAAGGAACAGGCCAGGACCGCGACCCACGAGGACGCUCUCGUCCAAGUACAGGUGCCGAGGAUGAAGUCAACGACCCUGAAUCUCGCACAGUCCCAGGUGAACCCGGGCAAAAGCCUGCCAGAGAAUGUCGGGAAACACGUGAAACACGUAGACUCCGCGCUUCCAGGAAAACACACUCGACAGCUUUACGAUCGCUUAUCGUGGAAAGAAGCAAGCGUGCUCGCUCAACUCCGGACGGGCAUGGCCAGACUCAAUGGAUACCUCUCUCAGAUCAACGUGGCUGAGACAGAUCAAUGUGCGUGCGGACAAGCCAGAGAAACGGUAGAGCACUUCCUCUUUCGCUGUCGGAGGUGGACGGCGCACCGGACAAGACUACUACAAUGUACGGACACUCAUCGAGGCAACAUAUCCUACUUUCUCGGCGGCAAGUCGCUGGCCGACGACCAGAACUGGACGCCAAACUUGGAAGCAGUGCGAGCCUCCAUACGGUUUGCAAUCGCCACGGGUCGACUUGACGUCAUAUAA